CCCCCCUCCAGAACCCCUGAAUUUGGCGAAUGAGGUGUUUUUCAGGGGGUGGAUUUUUACUUUCUUGAUUCCUCACGGCGGUGGGGUAUUAUGUGUGGCUAUUGCCCUUGUUUCGGGUCCGACAUUGCAUGGGGUGGUCGGAGCAGAGGGUGGUGGGUAUAUAAGUGGUGAUUUCCUUGCGCUCGAUGAAUCCAAUGUCUGGAACGACAGUAUUGGAGUUUACAAAAGACAACUAACGAGAUUUACCUACAAACCGCUUUCACUUUCAGGCGUGUCUAUUGUCUGGUUUCCUUGUCCCUCCCCAUUGUUCCGUCCAUCUAUAUCUACAAGAACCAUCCACUAUCCACCACCCAACCAAACACUAUACAAUUAAACCACCAAAACCAACAAAUCUGCUAUCAACGACCACCUGGACCUUUCCAUCCCCAAGCAACAACAUGCACCUCCUCACCCCCCUAACCCUCCUCCUCACCCUCUCAACGGCCCACCCCCUCCACAAACCGGUGCACAAAACCAAAACCAAAGCCGGAACAACCAUCACCGAAUCCCAAAUCCUCACCAUCGCCCCAACAUCGAACACUUGCGACAACGCCCCGGCAGCAGGCGAAUGCGCCACCGCAGACACAGCCGCCAAAAACAUUGCCCAGUCCUUCGAUACGUACAGCGUCACCAGCAAGGCCGAACAAGCCGCCGUGAUAAGUUUGAUGGCCUUUGAGAGUUUGGACUUUAAGUAUAACAAGAAUCAUUUCCCCGGUGUGGCCGGGCAAGGAACCCGGAACAUGCAAUCGCCAACCUUCAACAAAAUAUACGCCUCCUCCCUACCGGAUCUUGCAGAUAAACUCCCCGCCGUGUCAAACUCCCCUGCCGACCUGUUGGAUCUUCUCCGUGGAAACGAGGUCUAUGAUUUCGGGUCUGGGGCGUGGUUCUUGACUACGCAGUGUUCUGCGGAUGUCAGGAGCGCGUUGCAGAAGGGUGAUGAGGCGGGGUGGCAGAAGUACAUUAGUGAUUGUGUGGGGACGAGCGUUACGGAUGAUAGGAAGGCUUAUUGGACGAGGGCCGUUGAUGCACUUGGUGUUUAGGAUUUGAGAGACCUGUAUGUGGUGGUUUUGGUGUUUGGCUUUCUUUUGUGAUUGGCGUUGGGGUUUGAGUUUGAUACGGAGCUUUUGAUACGGAGUUCUAGGUGUGGGCAUUGAAGCUGGUUCUUCCGUGGUCGGUUUACCGGUCUGUCUGGGUUUAGGAGUUGUUCAUCGGCGUUUGGAAUGGAAU